GUUGAAGAUGAGUUGUGUCAGUUGACGGUGCGGUCAGUCGCUUCUCGUAGCACACGGAAUAGCUGCGUGUUUGCAUUUGUGUAUUGUUAAAAUUUUGUGUAUUAUGGAAACAAAACUGUUUAUUUUUUUGGUUGCUAUCUCUGCGUGCAACGGAAACAUUGAUUUGGGUACUAUAAUAUCGUCAGCACAUUCAAAAUUACAUGAUGUUGCUGGUGGUAUCAUUGGUGGUAUUGCUCAAGGACUUCAUUUAAAUCGCGAAGAAAACCAACCUAAAACGACACAACAAGAGACCAUUAUAGUGGUCGUUGAAAGUGAAACUAAUCCGAACGAACAACAUCGACCUCCUGGCAAUCAUAGGCCACUUCCAAAUCAACAAAGACCUCCCUUCAAUAACAACGGAGCUUACGGCCAAGGAUACAAUGAUUAUAGGCCCCAUCAACAAGGAAGACCACAUCAGGGAAAUGAAAACUUUAACUACAACGGUAAUUACAAUAAUUAUAAUCAAGGCUACCCCAAUAAUUAUGGAUAUAAUGGAAACAAACCAAAUAGGUACCCACAUCGUCCGAACGAAGGAUAUAUGAAUUAUGGAAGACCUCAAUAUCCUCCACAACAUAAUGGCAAUAAUAAGUUCGAUUACCAUAACAAUGGUAAUAACAAUUACGGAUAUAAUCCCAAUCUAAAUCCAGGGAAUAAUAACAACGGUAGACCUAAUCGACCAAACCUUUAUGACAAAGAACAACAAAAUAAUAACAAUAAUAAUUACGGAAAUGGAAAUAAUAACAACGGUACACCUAAUCGGCCAAUCAUGUAUGACAAAGAACAGCAAAACAAUAACAAUGAUAACGAUAAUAAUAAUGGAAAUUCAGAUGGCAGCUAUUUAAAUAAUCGGCCAACCACAGAAUUUUCAACCAAAAAACCAAGCUUUACCGUCGCACCAACCGCGACAACGGAGACACCGGACAAUGAUGUUCCAUUGUUUAUACCUCUUUUACCAGAUGAAAAUAUUAAAGAUAAAAAUGUUAAAGAUCCCAAGAGGGAAACUGAUAAGGAUAAAGAAGAAGAAGAAGAUUUUGAAUUAGACAUAAGGAUUAAAGACUAAGGCAGAACAAAUAUUAUGUUCAUAUACUUUGAUUAAAACUAGAAAUUUAAAUAUAUUGCUUAGAAUAUUAUUUUACUUUUUAAUAGUAACAUGAUAAACCGCAAAAUGAGUUUUUUUUUUUUGGCAUUGGUUGUCGGACGAGCGUUAUUAUUAUUAUGUUAUUUACCUAUAAACUAGUUUGUAAUUAAUAUUCUACUCCGCCUUUACUAUACAGAUUUGUAUAUAUAUUGAAUAAAUAUUAAUCACUUUUAUUAUAUUUGCGAAUAUAUUAUUUAUUUUCUAAUAAAAACUAUUUUAGUAAAUAAAUAAAUAUUUAGUAUAGUUUUACGCAAUAAUGUAUAUUGCACUAUAAUAUAUAAUAUACAGGCAGAUAGGAACUACUAUAUACAUUACAUUUAUUCGCAGUGUUAGGUUUUGCAUUUAAAUUUCAAACUACUAAGAAGCAAGGCCGAAUAAAUAAUUUAAACCUCGUCACAAUAGGAUUUCCCCCCUAUGUUUAUCACGACAUCAUUAUAAAUAUUAUUUCUUCAUGUAUACAAAAAGCGUAGCAUUACCUGCAUAAGACGUCGCUUACUUGGUUAUUACACAUCCAACAGUUUUCUAACAAAGACAUUUUAUCUAAAAAAUCUUUAUUCAAAACAAUACAAAAUAUACAUAUAAUUCUUUUAAUUAAUCUAGUGAUUCAAGGAAACCAUUACAUCAUGUUGGGUUUGCAUAUUUUCCUGGUUUUGUCGACAGUAAAUAAUAUUGUCAGUCAAGAAGUAGUUGUGUCGCAAGUAACUCGAACUGAGACAGUUAUUGUGAAAUCAAGAAGUUCAAGUCCUAACCAGGAAAAGAGAUUAAUAAACAUUGAGAAUACAGGAUUGUCUCCGACGAUUUCAUCAUCUAAUAAAAAGUUAAUAAAUUUGCAUAAAUCAUCUAAAGAAAACGACAACAAUUUAACUUUAUUGUCACCUAGUAUUAAUUUGGAAAAU